AUGGCCUCCUACUGUGAAACUGACCUGCAGCUUCACAAUAAACUCCACCAUGCAAAACAGCACAAGCUCAUUGAUGCCACCGGCCAUCUGAAGGACAAGGUCUGUUCCCACCAUGACAAACCGCUGGAGGUCUACUGCCGUACCGACCAGCAGUGUAUCUGUUAUCUCUGUACGAUGGAUGAACACAGAGGCCAUGAUACAGUCUCAGCUGCUACAGGAAGGGCGGAGAUACAGAAACAAAUGGAUGAAACACAGAGGGAAUUUCAGCAGAGAAUUCAGAUGAGAGAGAAGGAGCUGCAGGAGCUGAGUGAGGCUGUGGCCUCAAUCACUAGCUCAGCACAGUCAGCAGUGGAGGACAGCGAGAGGAUCUUCACUGAGAUGAUCCGCUCCAUUGAGAGAAGACGCUCUGAGGUGACAAAGCUGAUCAGAGAUCAGGAGAAGGCUGCAGUGAGUCAGGCUGAAGGAGACAUGGAGAGACUGAAGCAGGAGAUUGAUGAACUGAAGAGGAGACACUCUGAGCUGGAGCAGCUUUCACACACAGAGGAUCACAUCCAUUUCCUCCAGAGGCGCCAGGCUCUUCCUGUCACUCCUGAGGCUGGAUUUGGACCCAGAAUCUCUGUCAGUCCCAGAUCUGAUUUUGGGAAUUUGAGGAAGGUGGUUUCUGAGAUGAAAGACCAACUGGAGAAUUUUUGCAGAAUGAAAAUGGCAGAGAUCCAUCACCCAGUUACCAAAGACACCGUCCUACCAGUAUUAGUGCCCAGGACCAGAGCAGAAUUCUUACACUACUCCUGCCAGCUGACGCUGGACCCCAACACUGCAAACAGAGAAGUGUCUCUGUCAGGGGGGAACAGGAAGGUGACAUGGGGGGGCAGAGCAGCCAUAUCCUGAUCAUCCAGAGAGAUUUGACAGCAUCCACCAAGUUCUGUGCAGAGAGAAUCUGACUGGCCGCUGUUACUGGGAGGCUGAGUGGGAUGGAGAUGGAGCCUGGAUAGGAGUCACUUAUAAAGGGAUCGGGAGGGAAGGAGGGAGUGACUGUGGGCUUGGAGCCAAUAACAAGUCAUGGGGUCUGUGCUGUAAUACUGUCAGUUACUCUGUCCUGCACAAUAAUAAACAGACUCUCAUACCCAUAGAGCCCUCAGGCUCCCACAGAGUAGGAGUGUAUCUGGACUGGGGGGCUGGUGCUCUGUCCUUCUACAGAGUCUCCUCUGAUGGACUGACCCCCCUGCACAGCUUCACCUCCUCAUUCACUGAGUCCCUCUAUCCAGGGUUUGGGGUUUAUCCAAACUCCCCCGUGUCGCUGUGCAUGCUGGGAUAGCUCACUGUGUGCUGGAGGAAUCAUUUUUACCGUAUCAGAGUCUCACAUGUCGCUGCUUCUCCGUGGCAAAAAGGUAAAAUCUCUGCUUUAUAACCAGUAUAACCCUUUUUACUCUGUCUGAAGUGUGACGUAUGUUAAUAAUUGGGUUCUGUAAGCUGAACAAACAUGUAGAAUGACUGUUUUUCUCUGACUUAUGUUCUAUGUUGUCUGUAAAUGCACCAAAACUGCCUAAACUAAUUCAUAGUACAUGCAGUUGUACCAAUGGAGUGAAUUCUGAUUCUGAAUAAAAUAAAAUGUAAUGAAAUCUA